AUGCGCAUACCCUUUUUUCGCAUAUGGUAUUCAACUACCUACUCCAUCCUCUUCCUGCUGCUCGUCAUCCUCCUUGCUGCAACUCCCGGCGAUCUCGUCUACCAAGCUGUGCGCAAUCGCGGAUACCCGAAUGCCUUCGUCGUCGGCGCCGUCUACGUCCUGACCCUCGUCAUCACCGUCUGCGUCUACGCCACCCGCCUCUACACGAAUCGCACCGUCCUCCUCGGCAUCCCCAAGUCGUACAUACCCAUCGAGCAGGGCGAAGUUGGCAAACAUGUGCGGCGCAUGAUCGUGAAGGGGUUUGAGCGCAGUGCGCUGAUAGCAUGGGAUUCGCGGCCUCGAGACCUGCGGCCCGAGCUGCAAGAAGAGCGGGAAGGGAGCACUGCGCCGUCUCGCGAGCGCAGUCUGAGGAAGAAGGACCGGUCUCGCGACGUCACGGCUAUCCCCGUUGACCCCAACUCGCCUCCUUGGGGACACAUUUCGCACCCGGGCUGGGCGUCGCCUGUGAUGGAUGGCGUACCCAACUUGCAGUUCUGCAACGUCAUUGCCGAAUUGCCCAAUCUUAUUGAGGCGAAAGCCGUAUCUCUGGCUCCCGCGGAUCCCGCCUUUGCAUUCCACAUGUCGCUGGACGGCGUGCCGGUAAUGCCGGAUGCGCGCAUCGUCGCUUUGCUGCAGCGACCCUCCACCAUGGGCUUGCGCGACUAUCUGGGCCACCUCUCAACUUUUGGUCUCAUCAAUCCGCCAGAGCUAGGGACCGCAUUCCUCAAGCGCUACGAACACGCGCGUUUCUCCACACAGGCCAUCUCGGAAGGCCAGUUUCAGGAACUUAUGGAAAUGUUCGCCGAAAUUCUCACCGGCAUGACGGAGCUCGCACCCGAGCUUGUAAUUGAGCUUCAGCGCGACGCGUACAGUUCAAGCUCUGAAACGGCGAGCCUCGCGCCAGUCCUUGUAUACGCGAAGCACAACCUCAACCGCAGAACUCAGCGAAAGCAAUGGUACCCUACGUACUGCGCCAUCUCACUUCUACGAUUACAGUUCGGAGCACGUGCGCCUGCCACGGACGCCCUCGAUUGCAUCCAGAAAUUCGUCGGUGCGAACGCCAGUGCAACCGAGGACUGCAUCAUCUGUCAUCCCGCCAUCGACAUCGAGUUCCUCAACUGCGUCGCUUAG